ACAAUAAGAGUGGGUUGUUUGUAUUUUUAUUUAGUAGCUGCGGGUGUGGGUAAUUAUGAUCACAUUUUCUCACUUAUUACUUGUUUACUGCGUGCAUCUGACUCUGAAGAUGGCAUUUUCCGCUGAUCCAGACCACUGUCCAGGUCAACGAAUUAAAUGUUACAGUUGUAAUUCUGUUGAAGACAACCAUUGUAAUGAUCCAUUUUUUCGACAACCACAACAGACCAAAUCAUUCCCUUUAGUGGAUUGUAAUGAUUAUUGUUUUAAAUGGGCUUUUCAAGGUCCAGAUGGACAGAAACAUUUAAUAAGAAAUUGUUCAACAAGUUUAAAUAUGAAAAUGGAGAAAUAUUUAGUUUGUAUAGCUGAAUCACGAUCAUCCAUUGGUCAUUUAUGUUUUUGUAAUAAAGAUAAAUGUAAUUCAGCUAAUUCAAUUAGAAAACAAUUUCAUUAUGCAUAUUAUAUUAUUUUAAUAAAUUUAGUUAAACUAUUUUAUCAUUAUCGAUAUAUACUACUUAUAUUACCUGUAUUGUAUUAUUAAUAAGUAUAAUGUAUUUAUUCAUAGCUAUACCUGUAGUUAUUUAUACUAAACUUGUAUAGAGAAAUUUAUGUAUAGAUUUCUAUGAACUUUGUAUAUUUCUAUCUACACAUAAUCCUGAGAUUGUUACGUACUUACUUACUAACACCUGUUACACCUCAUGAAGGAGCAUAAGCCGCCUACCAGGAUUCACUCAUCGAACUCUAUCCUGAACAAUUCUUUCCGAUUGUUAUUGAUUUUUUUGGAAUGUCUGUUUCAAAAUUCCCGAUAGCUGGGAUUGUUAAACUAUGGGAGUAUUCAAUAACAAGAAAAAAAAACAACAGAAGAAUAAACUAAUAUAGAUCAUAAUCAUAAUGGAAUCAGUUCACAAUGUAUUCAAUUCAAUCAUAUAUACAAUAACACAUUUAUAUACAUAUAUGUAUAUUUCCUUCUUUUUUUUGUAUAUUGAAUUGACAACUCAAUGAAAAUGAAUAAUUAGUUUAUUACAUUCAAAAUAAAUGAUCAACAAUUUCUUUCCAUAAAAAGGGAAGCAUUUGGAAAGAAUUUGUCUUAUGUAACAGGAAAAGAAGAAUACCUUUAAGUUAGUUGAUGAUGACUAUUAUUUUCGUUGUUCUUUUUAUUUGUUUUUUUUUAUUGUAAAGGGAAAUAAUUAAGAGAGACAGAAAAAACCAUUUUAAUGAAUAAUACAAUUUGCAUUUAGAGUAUUUAUUAUUAUUAUUAUGUUGUACUUGUGUAUCUAUAAGGAAAACUUUUGCGUUAUUUACUAGCAAAUCUUUGAUUGCAAAUUUUUCCUUACGUCUGUUACUCCCAGUGGAGGAUAGGUCAUUGACUAAUUAUUGUUCAUUCUUCUCAUGCAUGUCUCCAUUUCUUGGUGUAAUGUGUUCUUUGGUCUUCCUCUUCUCCUUUGAACUUGAGAAUUACAAGUGAGUGUUUACCUUGUGACGCAGUUAGGUACUUUCCUUACUGCUCUUUAACCGACCUGUCUGUCAUGGUAGGACAUCGAGGAACGAUUUUUUCAGCCAGUAUAGUUUGAUUUGUUCAUUACGAUAGACAAACCCGACCACCAUGUCAGAGUACAAACAACGGUCAGGCUACCAAAAAUAUGUGUUUAUUUACUGCUAAACUAUUUUAUAACCAUUCUUGAAAGAAAAACUAACAAAAAUGAUAUGAUUUCUAGAAGUUU